UUCAUUCUGCUGACUUCUGCUAGCGACGCUGCAUAGCCGUGRCGUGCUUGCAAGUAACCUGAAGAUACCAAGGAAGUUAAACAGACUUAGAGAAGGUUCUCAACUAUGGAAUGCCUCAGUGCGGCAAAUACCACUUUUGCCCUCGAACUCUUCAGAAAGCUGUGUGAAAAGAACAGGACGCAGAACCUGUUCUUUUCUCCAUUUAGUAUUUCUUCUGCUCUGUCUAUGAUUUUGCUGGGUUCCAAAACUAACACUGAAGCCCAGAUAGCAAAGGUGCUUGCUUUGAGCAAAGCCUCGGACGCCCACAACGGGUAUCAGUUACUCCUUUCUGAAAUCAACAAUCCAAAUACCAAGUAUGUGCUUAGAACAGCCAAUCGCUUAUACGGAGAAAAGACAUUUGAGUUCCUUUCAUCAUUUACAGAAUCAAGUCAGAAAUUCUAUCACGCUGGGUUAGAACAAACUGACUUUGCGCACUCUUCAGAGGAUGCCAGAAAACAAAUAAAUAGUUGGGUAGAAGAGAAGACUGAAGGUAAAAUUCGGAACCUGCUGACUGAGGGAAUUAUUAAUUCAAUGACCAGACUUGUAUUGGUGAAUGCCAUCUAUUUCAAAGGCAACUGGGAGGGCCAGUUCGACAAAGAGAGCACAUCGGAAAAGCCAUUUAAAAUGAACAAGAAUGAGAGCAAACCUGUGCAGAUGAUGUAUAAGAAAAGUAAAUUUAACAUGACCUACAAUGGAGAUUUGCAGACCAAAAUCCUUGAAGUCCCYUACAUUGAUGAGGAACUCAGCAUGAUCAUCUUGCUCCCAGAUGCAAUCCAGGAUGGAUCUACUGGCCUGGAAAGUCUGGAAAGAGAGCUUACAUAUGAGAAUCUGAUGGAGUGGACUAAACCUGAAAUGAUGGACUACACAGAGGUGAAACUGUCUUUACCCAGAUUUAAACUGGAAGAAAAUUAUGAUCUGAAACCCAUUCUGAGCAGCAUGGGAAUGCCUGAUGCGUUUGACUUGGCGAAAGCAGACUUCUCUGGAAUGUCAUCUGGCAACGAGUUGGUGCUCUCUGAAGUGGUGCACAAGUCCUUCAUAGAGGUCAACGAAGAAGGCACGGAGGCUGCAGCUGCCACAGCAGGAGUGAUGAUGCUGCGCUGUGCAAUGAUUGUUCCAGAUUUUACUGCUGAUCAUCCCUUCCUCUUCUUCAUCCGGCACAACAAAACGUCCACCAUUCUGUUCUGUGGCAGGUUUUGCUCUCCCUAAACAGGACMCAUCUUGGCAGAUGAGCCCCUAUUACUCCAGUAAGUUCAUGAUCUUUAGCUAUAUAGGAUUACUCUUUCGUACUCACUGCCUUUUCCAACAGUGCCUGAAUCCAGUUUGCUGGUCUUUAUUUCAAGCUUGCAUGGAAUAACAGCCACUUAGAAAUGUAUGGCCACUGCCAUUUAAAACAAACCUUUUAUGCAAUGUGCUUAAAUAGACAAUACUCUUAACUUUUUGAAAGCAUUAAAAAAAAAAAGAAAAAAAUAUUUGCUCAGUGAAUACUUCUAUCUGUGCUUGGGUUUCACUGUCUGUGCUUGGGUUUCACUUCAUGUUUUUUGGCCACCAGASACCAGAGGUCUCAGAGAAAAGGAAGAAAAUAAUUUUAUUUCUUGAAGCUAUUACCCACCCUUGUCCCCUUUUUCUUCUGUUCCCAGUCUUUUUUCCAUUCUUUUUUUUUUUACCCCCACAGACAGGUGCAUUUAUUGUUUGAUACCUUCUUUACAGAUGAAAGGAGGGUUUGGCAGCCUAUUUUACAUGUUAUUAUCAUCCUAACUGGACAGAUUUUAAGGGGAUACUAACUAGACAAGCACUUCGCCAGCAGUGGGAAUAAAAGUAGGACCCUUGUAGCAGAUGACCUUACAAAUCUUGAUGGGGCCAGGAUCAGUGUUUUAUCGACAGCUGACACCAAGGUUUAUUAGCCACUGUACAUGGAGGCCUCUUACCAAGUAGGACUGAUAUUUCCRUCAAAAUAUAAAAAGCAUGUAAUUUAAUAAAAGGUAUAGGGGGGCUAUGCAAUAUAUAAAUGCCAAUCAUUUAUUUUUGUAGCUUUUUCUUUUUUCUUAUUCAUGUUUUGCUAAACAAGCUURGUAGGUAAUACCCAAGAUAUGGCUGAAAUGACUUUUU